GCCAUCCCCUGCGAAAGUGUCAUUUGAAUUUAAAAAAAGCUUUCAAAUCGAAGGGUGUUUUUUUUUCGUAAAUUAAUGCUUCGCCUAAUCCAAUAAAGAUCAAAAGCAGUAGCUAUGUGGAUGCCAGCGGCCAUUGAGUGUGUUUGUUAUCUACCGGAGCUAAAAUGCUGCACACGGAAGCGUUGCAAAAUAACGGCCACCCGGGUGGCAUCUAUGCACCGUUAAGACAGGCGAUGAGCGACUCCGAAUCCGACGAAGAGAUCGAGAUACACAACGCCAGCAAAUACAGCCGCAAACUAGAAAGCCUGCAUCACCAGCCGUCGACAAAUCCUCUCCAGCUGCAAGCCCAAAGAAGCCGCAUUCCGCCAAACAGUUUACCUUUGAAGUCACCACAUACACGGGCCGCAACGACCACAAGGAUAGUCCCCAGGACUUCAGCAAACGGAACCUUUCCAAGCAGAAACCCACAGAAAUUUCAACUGGAGGGCAGUAGCUACGCCACCAACAUGCAGAAUACUUUUCGGUCCGUCAUGCUAAGCGAUAAUGGUGGGGUUGGAUCCGAAUUGUCCAAUUUUAAUAGCGAAUUCGAUUCCAACGCCGACAAUGUAGCCAUACUAGGCGGCUCUCAGGGACUAGAGGAGUCCAAGCGGACCCCCAUGUCCCCGGUAAGGCGAUGCUGCUUUAUUGGGAGCCUGCUUCUUUGUGUCUUUGCCGUAGUCUCUUUUGUAUGGCUUGUGCCAUGCGGAAAUGCCGAUGGAACUGGCGCCUGUCCAGCUGUCGGGGAUCGAAUCAAGACCCACAACUGGUUAAACAACUACACCCGGGCGGAGCUCAAAGGAGGAGUCAAUGUAGUAGGUGGAUUGCGUAUCUGGGAGAACAACCUGAUUUUUAUGUAUCGCGGUGAUGCCUUCUUUCCGGAAUUUCGGCCAGGAAACGAGCGUCGCAAUGGAAUCAUUUGCUUGAUAGGCAGCUCUGGAGCUGUGGCCUGGUUUGUGGAGAUGGUGGACGAACCGGUGGCUUUGGACUGCACCCUGAUUGAUGUUGAUGGCAAUGGAAAAUCGGAUUGCCUGGUGCUGGAUGAAUAUGGUGAACUGGGUGCCAUUAACCCAGUCUCCGGUCAGUGGCUCUGGUGGUUCAAGGAGAGAUCAGCUCGCAAAGUGGAUGCCUUUGAUUUUCCCAUUAUUCUUCCGGAUCUGGACAACGAUGGAGUGCUAGACUUACUUCUGGUGACCAGUUUGUCGCUGGAGCAGCGAACCAAGUCGCUGGCACAGCAGAAGCACGAGCCGCCUUCCCAACUGGAGGCACGGAAUGUGUUACGUUUGCUAUCCGGCCGUAAGGGCAGCCCCAUUGGCGAAGGUUUCCGCAUCCACGAUUGCCAGAGAUUAAUUAACGUUAAACUAUUAAAUAACGUGGAGGGUGGCAAUGUUAGUUUCUCAUGCCAAAAGUCCAACGGAACGGAGCAGCCGCGGUCCAAGAGUCUGGCGGAGUUGUUCGCUCUCAUUACCAACAAAUCUAUUGUGGGCCAGAGGCUUCUACCGUCCUCGAAAAUUUCCCAACACCGCAAUCAUGGGCAGCGGCGCGAAGUGGACUCACAGAAGAACAUCUAUUCCCUCAGCGGACGGGAGCUGGUGGUCGAGAACCGAGGUCGAUGUCCGGAGGAUUGCAACGUGACCUUUGUCCUUAGCGAAGUUCGCAAUGGGAAACCCAGUGUGUUCCGUAGCUUCAGCGAAAGCGGAAUGUACGGAAUGGUUCCGGCCCAGUGGCAUUUCAAGAACUCGAAAAACCAGAUGUCUGGCUUUGUGAUGAAAUUCUGGAAGUGGCAUGGUCUGGUGAAGCCAUCGAAACCCAGCUCCUCCAGCAAUAAUGUCCAAAAGAGUGGCAGCAGCAAUCACACAAAGAACAUGAAUGCCAUCAAGGAUAGGGAGAAGCUGCAGGAGAAAAAGAAGCAACAGCAACAGAGGCUGAAGAGGAGCAACGAGGCUGAGGAGCACCGAUUCCCACCAUCCCACCAAGAAUUCGAUGUCUUUGGGCAUUUAGUGCAGAAGAGGGAAACCUUCGCGGUUCCUUCUAAAAACCAAACGAAAUCUAAUGGAAUAUCUGGAAUCACCGGAGGCAGCUACAAAAUGCAGAUGAUCACGGAGACUGUAAUGCUGGUUAUCUUCGUUGGGGCCGAUACCCGAAUCGAGAACACCUCGCAGAGCAACAUCGUUCAGUUUUGCCGGAAUGAUCGCAACGAAGUGGUUUGCCAGCCGGACCUCAAUAACCAAGAGUACUCAACCCUUAUUGCCGAUCUGGAUCAGGAUGGUUCCCAGGAGCUGGUCACGUACACGUCCACCUUCGUGCAUCCAGAGGAGAAGCCGCUCAGUGAGUGGAAGCUGCUCACCUAUGUACGGUUGCUUCGCCUCCAAUCGGAGUUGCCCGUGUUCUAUGAGAACGUGAUGCACAACUAAAGAGAUGACCGCCAUCCCAUCCGGAUCAGGUUAACGUGCAUUUAGCCAAGCGUAAAACCCAGUUAAACUAGUAACAUUCAUUGCAUUGUACAUUAAUAGAACCUUUUCUAGCCUCCCAUAAUAAACUGAUAGAACAGAUGUAUUGUAACAUUA